AUUUAUUUUAGUUAAUUUUUAAAUAUGUUCAAUCCGACUGACAUCUCCUCUCAGCCUACUGUGUUGAGGAAGAGAGCAUUCAGUGCAUGCAGGCAUGCAAGAAAUGCUGCUGACAUGAAUCAUGCAAAUAAUCUUCGGACGACUGCGUUCAACCCAAAAGCAGGGCUCUCUUCUUGAAUUACUCAGUUUGAAGCUGAACAAGCGCAGAAAUAAGUUAAGGGAUGAUUUCUUUAAGCAGAAAUGCCAAACUUUGAUUAAGAAGAAGAUGGAAUUUCUGAUUUCCCAUAACAAAAAGCAAAAAUUAAGAAACAAUCGUAUUCAAAGAUGUAAUCUCAAUAAAAAGAAGACAGAGAAUCUUGAAGAAAUCCUUGAAGACACCCUGUUUGGCUCUAAUCUCAAGAAAUCUCGUAGAAAGAAACUUCUGAAAAGAUCCACUAGUACUAAUUCAGAAUACAGCAAGGUUAAUGCCUAUUGCAAGAAUCUUCAGAAUAAGAAGUUCACCACACUUUCGAUAAAAGAUUGAGCUAUUGCUACACGAAAAGUUUCUUAUUGUCAACUAGAACAGAAGAGUAAAGAUCCGAUGAAGAACAUCCCUAAAGAAGUAGCUCCAAAGAAGCCUUGAAACACAAAUCUAGUGUCUGUGAGAAAGUCGUCCUUCACUAAGACCUCCAUCUUUGAGAAUACAGAGAUGAAUACUUUUGAUGAGGGUCCUUCAAAGAUGACUAUUCUCAAAUUCACCACAAACAAUGAUGGACUCCCUCUCAAACGAAGGGAUAUUAAUACUAUUGAUUUUUCUAAGAAUGCCUUCGUAACUCCAAUCAAAGGGAAGGCUAAGAGAGUCGUAAUGAAUGAGUUAACAGAUCAGAAAUAUCAAGGAACCUCUCCAAUGAUUAUACAUAGUGUUAAUACUACUGCUCAAACUUUGUAUGAUUCAAAUCGAAAUGUUCCGACGAUUGGAACCCAGCCAGUAUCUCGAAAGAUCAGUUCCCGUAGAAUUUCUCUCACAUGAAGUAAGAGUAAAAAGAAAAUUAAGAAGAGCAUAAAGGCUAAAUCAAAGCUCAAACUUAAAUGUGUCAAGAACUCUGACGAGGAGCUCAAGGCAAAGAGGCUGAAUAUCCGCAACAAAGAUCUUCAUGUCCAAUCAAAACCAUACACAGAACUAAAAGAAUUUAUGAGCAAGAACAGCCAAGUCCAGGACAAAGGCAGAAGCAUCAAGGCUAAGUAUGUAAGGUCGAUGACCCAAGAUUAUUAA